CUCUCCCACAUCACACCUUCACAGUUCACAAACCAUCUUCCUCUCUCGUUUCUGCAGCUAAUUUGAUCACCACCACCAUGUCGGAGGAGAAGCAUCACCACCACCUCUUCCACCACAAGGACAAGCCUGUUGACGACGCCGUUCCCUACUCCGACAACGCCUACUCCGACACCAGCUAUGCUACCGAUGGUGUCAGCGGCUACGCUGCCGAAACCACCGAAGUGUUAGCAGAUGACCCAGGCCCUGACUACAGGAAGGAGGAGAAGCACCACAAGCAUCUCGAGCACCUCGGCGAGCUCGGCGUCGCUGCUGCUGGCGCUUACGCCUUGCAUGAGAAGCACAAGUCGGAGAAAGACCCUGAGCAUGCCCACAAGCACAAGAUAGAAGAAGAGAUUGCCGCGGCUGCGGCAGUGGGAGCUGGCGGGUUCGCGUUCCACGAGCAUCACGAGAAGAAAGAAGCCAAGGAAGAAGAUGAAGAGGCUCAUGGAAAGAAGCAUCACCACCUUUUCUAGACGCAUGCAUGUGUGCUUGUUGUGUAAUUAGAUUUAGGAUUGCCAGUGAGCAACUAUGCUAAAUAAUUUCUAUGUCUGAGCUAUGUUGGAUGAGUUUGUGUCUUGUUUCCUCGGUCUCUCUGUGUGUCCUUGUGAAACUCUUGUUGUGUGGCUUUAUCAUGAUUAUCGUUCCAUGUUAAUAAGAUUAUAGUUUGAUGUUUCUUACUUU